UUAAAAAUAAGAAAAUCACCUCCUAAGUCGUCUUUCUCUUACGGCAAUGCCCUAACCCCAACGGCCAACCUCACCCCCGAAACAGGGCCAACCCCGUCCACCGGCGUACUCGGCGACAGCGACAGCAGCGGCCGGUGACGUCUACGAAGCUUACCGGCCGGACACGAAGAAAAAACAGAUCCAAGUUAUUCUAAGAUAUAAGAUUGUGGAGAUUCUCAAGGGAAGAGAUUGUUGAAGAACAAAUUGUUUGUAUCGUUCUAGAAGAAAUGGCGAACAAGAGGCCGGAAUUUCAAGUGUACAACAGUAUGACGAAGCAAAAGGAGAUCUUUAAGCCCAUAUUAGAGGGCAAAGUCGGAAUGUAUGUUUGCGGCGUUACCUCUUACGACCUCAGUCAUAUUGGCCAUGCGCGUGCCUAUGUUGCGUUCGAUGUUCUCUACAGGUAUCUUAGAUAUUUGGGCUACGAGGUUGUUUAUGUGCGCAAUUUCACUGAUGUUGAUGACAAGAUUAUUCGUAGAGCGAAUGAGGUUGGGGAGGAUCCAAAAGCAUUAAGCUGGCGGUUUUGUCAAGAGUUUCUUAAUGACAUGGCUGAUCUCCAGUGCCUGCUUCCUACCCAGCAGCCUCGUGUUACUGAUCAUAUGGAGCAAAUCAAAGACAUGAUAGCUCAGAUAAUCAGCAACGGUUGUGGUUAUGCUGUUGAUGGAGAUGUUUACUUCUCUGUUGAUAAUUUCCCAAAAUAUGGUCUUCUAUCAGGACGGAAGCUGGAAGACA